AUGCACGUUCCCUUCCUUGGCCGUUGCCUAUGGCAGGCCCUAUCGAUCUCGUAUCUCCUCGCAACGUACGCCAAAGGAGUCCACGCAUAUCCCCAAACCAACCUCAAGAGCCCCAACAGCAAUACCUCCCUCGCCCUCUCCUCCCCCAACCUCCUCCCCUCCCGCUUCUCCUCCCUCAGCCUAACCUACGGCGAGCUUUCCCCCGACCGCUUCACCCCCGCGGACAUCGCCCUCGCCUUCGUGGCCGCCCUGGCCCAACAAGCCCUCGAACCCUUCGACGCCCGCCUUUCCUACUUCGAAUACGUCGACGCCGAAACCCCGGUCCGGAUCGUUCUGCGAUCGGCCCCGCAUGCGCCGACCACGUUGACGGUGAGGAGCAAUGUCAUGUGGGCGCUGAAACAGCUGCCGAUCAACCUCUUCCAUGAUCCCAGUAUAUGGGGGUUGGACUUCAAAGUGCGGUUGCUGGGGGAGGAUUUGUACCUGGGGAGCCUGAGUAAUAGGAACAGACCUGGCGGCGUGCUGGAGGCUGGGGGUGAGCAGGGGGGUGGGAACGGCAGCUUGGACGGCUGGGAAGAGAAGCCGAAACGUGCGCUGUCGAUCACUCAACCGUCAGACACCACAGCCCGGAACCUUACAAUCCCCGGCUCAACCCCAACCGACAUCCAAUACGACCUCCGCUUCCAGCUCACCGGCCUCCCGCUCCCCGACAUCGGCAUCUUUUCCGCAAUCCUGGAGUUCCUCCUCGGUCUCGGCGCCCGAGACCCAUACCAGGCAGUCGACUCCGCCAAGUUGGCCCUCGAUACUUUACCCGUAUGGAUAUAUAUCAGUUACAAUGCCCAGCCGAGCUCCACGCAAAGACUGCAGGUGUAUCGGGUGGUGGCGAUUCUGCAGGCCAUUGCGAGAUAUUGUGUAGGGCAGAGGAUUUACCAGGAGUUGAUUUUCAAUCUGCUGGUUGAUGAUCUGUUGCUUGCCAGUGGGUGUGUAGUUAGGGGGGUGGGGGAAAGGGAGUGGUGUAGAGGGUUAGGAGGGUAG